AUGCAAGAUACCACCCCAACCUGCAGCUAUGCCCCACAAGAAGCUGCCCCUGACAGUAGUGAAAUACAAGAAGGUGUUGAGAAUCAAUGUCUUCUCAAUAUAAACAACAAAGUUCCAACCUUGUAUAAGGCGUACAUCAAACUUCCAGUCUUGUAUAAGGCGUACAACAAAGUUCCAGCCUUGUAUAAGGUGUACAACAAAGUUCCAGCCUUGUAUAAGGCGUACAUCAAAGUUCCAGCCUUGUAUAAGGUGUACAUCAAAGUUCCAGCCUUGUAUAAGGUGUACAUCAAAGUUCCAGCCUUGUACAUGUCAUACAUCAAAGUUCCAACCUUGUAUAAGGCGUACAUCAAAGUUCCAGCCUUGUAUAAGGUGUACAUCAAAGUUCCAACCUUGUAUAAGGUGUACAUCAAAGUUCCAGCCUUGUAUAAGGCCUAUAUCAAAGUUCCAGCCUUGUACAUGGCAUACAUCAAAGUUCCAACCUUGUAUAAGGCGUACAUCAAAGGUCCAGCCUUGUAUAAGGUGUACAUCAAAGUUCCAACCUUGUAUAAGGUGUACAUCAAAGUUCCAACCUUGUAUAAGGUGUACAUCAAAGUUCCAGCCUUGUACAUGGCAUACAUCAAAGUUCCAGCCUUGUAUAAGGCGUACAUCAUAGUUCUAGCCUUGUAUAAGGCGUACAUCAAAGUUCCAACCUUGUACAUGGCAUACAUCAAAGUUCCAACCUUGUAUAAGGUGUACAUCAAAGUUCCAACUUUGUAUAAGGUGUACAUCAAAGUUCCAGCCUUGUACAUGGCAUACAUCAAAGUUCCAGCCUUGUACAUGGCGUACAUCAAAGGUCCAGCCUUGUAUAAGGCGUACAUCAAAGGUCCAGCCUUGUAUAAGGCGUACAUCAAAGUUCUAGCCUUGUAUAAGGUGUACAUCAAAGUUCCAACCUUGUAUAAGGCGUACAUCAAAGGUCCAGCCUUGUAUAAGGCCUAUAUCAAAGUUCCAGCCUUGUAUAAGGCCUACAUCAAAGUUCCAACCUUGUACAUGGCAUACAUCAAAGUUCCAACCUUGUAUAAGAUGUACAUCAAAGUUCCAACCUUGUAUAAGGUGUACAUCAAAAUUCCAGCCUUGUGCAUGGUGUACAUCAAAGUUCCAGCCUUGUGCAUGGCAUACAUCAUAGUUCUAGCUGUUUAUAUGGCAUACAGCAGACCUACAUAA